AUGGAAGGUGUGAAAGAUAAAAGCGGAGAGGAAGAUGGCACUGGAUUCUCGGUAGUGAGAAAGAGAGGCGUUGUAGCCGGGCCGGGUGGUUAUGAGGACAUCGGCCCCGAGGACAUAGCUGAACUGCAGCGAAAGCAGCGACAGGCUGAACAGGCUUCCAAAAUGAUGGCCUCUGGCGCAAGUGCCGCGCAACUCAGCGCGUACACUGGCAUCAAACUUGUUGAACUAGAGACAGGCUUUACACCGAAGCUGCAAGAGACUCCUUCGCACCAGUUUGUGGACCGGGACGAGGAAGGGACGCUCAAACAGGCGCGGUUUGUCUAUGUGGACGAGUACACUUGUAUCGGUUGCACAAAUUGCGCCAUGACGGCGCCCAACACCUUUUACAUGGACGACGAGCACGGCAGGGCGCGCGUGUUUCAGCAGUGGAAGGACCGUCCCCGCACGAUCCAGACGGCCAUCGAGACCUGCCCCGUCGACUGCAUUCACUACGUGCCCUUCGAGGAGCUGGAGCGCCUGGAGAAGGAGCGGGCAGGCAUGACUAUCAACUAUAAGGCCCGACUGGUUGGCUCUGAUGGGCUCCUUUCCUCCUCGGGGGGGGACCAGGGGAUGCAGGAGAUCAGCGGCAACAAGGAUUUCCGGUGCGGGAACUGCCCUUCGCGUGGAUGUUUCAACUGCCCCAUGUUCGGGGUGGGCGAGAACCCGGAGUACCAGCGAAAACAACGUCAAAUCGCACAGAAGAGAGAACGACGUCGUGCUUCGAAGGAUAACUCAAGUGAGGGGGGCAGCGGGUCGGGGGGGACAGGGAGAAAACGUGUCGACCUGUGA